GGUUACGAAUGUCCUUGUCCUAUCAGGCUCACACUGUCUGACUGUUCACACCAGGGCUUGGGGGUCUUUCUGCUUCGGUUUUCUCCCGAGUAACGUUUAAUUCAUAAAAAUGCUGGCAGCAAGAUUUCUCCGUCGCUCCCUGCCUGUGCUGAGGCAAGCUAGAUGCUACGCCGACGCUCCCUCCGGCGGUGCACAGAUGUCCUUCACAUUCGCCUCGCCGACGCAGGUGUACUUUAAGGAGGUGAGUGUGAAGCAGAUUGAUGUUCCCACCCUGACGGGGGCAUUUGGCAUCCUGCCAGCCCACGUGCCCACCCUGCAGGUGCUGCGGCCCGGCGUGGUGACCGUCUACAACGAUGAUGGCUCCGCCGCCAAGUACUUCGUGAGCAGCGGUUCCGUCACAGUCAACGCUGACUCGUCAGUCCAGCUCCUGGCUGAGGAGGCGGUACCUCUGGACCAGCUGGACCUGGCAGCAGCGAAGGCCAACCUGGAGAAGGCCCAGUCUGAGAUGUCUGGUGCUGGGGAUGAGGCGUCCAGGGCAGAGGUGCUCAUCAGUAUAGAGGCCAACGAGGCGAUCGUAAAGGCCCUGGAGUAGAGCUCUGGUAGCGUGUCACAUCGGUGUUAAGGAAAAUCAAGAUCAAACAUUGUUUGUUUCCUAGUCAAGUCAGAAACCGCAAGAUCUCGCUUGCUUUGUACAGUGGAUGAAUUUACCAAUAAAUUUAUUUGGAAUUUAA